AUGCUAAUCUUUGUUCUAUAUAAGAAGAAGGUUUUAGAUAUUUUCUGCAAUAAUUGUUUCAAGUUAGUUGUUCGUGACAUUAACAUCUUCCUGAUAGAAAUAAUGUUUCUCUGCCUCCCUAGCUCCUGUUGCGUUACAAUUAAUCGGCAAAGAAAAUUAGUUUCCCAAACACACAGAAGAAGAAGCCUGCCAACAAUCCUGUCCGCCAUGAUUGUGUCAAAGCUCAGUGAGUUAACACAUCCACGGCGAUCAGCUCAGUACCAUCCUAGCGUUUGGGACCUCAAACUCAUUGAAUCCUUAAGCACUCCCUAUACUUAUGAAUUGUAUGCCACCCGAUUGGAGGAGUUGAAACGAAAUGCUAAAUGCUUGCUGACGUCCAAUAAAGACCCUUCUGUCCUUUUCAAGCUUGCUUCCACGAUGAAGCGGUUAGGAGUUGCUUACCACUUUGAAAAUGAGAUUGAAGAAGCUAUUGGUGUUUUGUAUCCGGAUGUCACAAGCAAUCUUUACUCCACUGCUUUGCAGUUUCGAGUUUUAAGAGAACAUGGUUUUUCGAUUAGCUCAGAUGUGUUCGACAAAUUCAAAAGCUGCGGUGGGAGAUUCAUGGACAGCUUAAGCAGUGAUAUGGAGGGACUUUUGAGUUUGUAUGAAGCCUCUCAUCUUCGAAUGCAUGGAGAAAAUACUUUGGAAGAAGCCAGGGAUUUUAGCAUCGAAAACCUAAAAUCAUUAAUGGAAAAAUUGGACAGUGAUUCAGCUGAGCAAGUGAGACAGUCACUGGAAAUCCCCUUGUAUUGGAGGAUGCAAAGAAUUGAAGCACUAAACUUUAUUGAUGUCUAUCAAAAGGAUACUGCAAAGAACUUGACUCUGUUGGAGCUGGCCAAGUUAGAUUAUAAUCUAGUGCAAUCCAUAUAUCAGCAAGAGCUUGAGGAGUUAGCAAGGUGGUGGAGAGACUUGGGUUUUAAAGAAAAGCUACCUUUUUCAAGGGAUAGAUUGAUGGAGAAUUAUUUGUGGGCGAUGGGGAUCAUUUUUGAGCCCCAGUUUUCGAAGUGCAGGAUCGGCAUCACCAAAUUUGUAUGCAUAUUAUUAGCUAUUGACGACAUGUAUGAUAUAUAUGGAUCGCUAGAUGAGCUGAAAUGCUUCACUGAUGCUGUGGAUCGAUGGGAGAUGAAGGCGAUGGAUGACCUUCCCCAAUACAUGAAGAUUUGUUACGUUGCUAUGCUUAACUAUGUUAAUGAAGUGGUGUUUGAUGUCCUCAAAGAUCAGGACUUGGAUACUUUCCCCUACAUUAAGGAAGCGUGGUCAAAUCUUUGUAGAUCACAUUUAAUAGAAGCGCGGUGGUUUUCCAAUGGAUACACUCCAACUGUGGACGAGUACAUAGAAAAUGCAUCGAUUUCUGUGGGUGGUCCUGCAGCAAUCGUCCAUGCUUAUGUACAGCUUGGGUGCACUAUAUCAAAAGAAGCACUAGAUUGCUUCAAGCACGAUUCUGAUCCAAUAUAUUGGGCAUCCCUCAUAACCAGACUAAGUGAUGAUUUGGGGACUUCAGAGGCUGAAAGCAAGAGAGGUGAUGUGGCGAAAUCCAUCGAGUGCUACAUGGUACAAGAAAGUGUAUCCAAAGAAGAAGCUCAAGAUUACAUAAAGAGAUUGAUCAGCUACUCAUGGAAGAAACUGAAUGAGGAGAGUGCCAAAAGUUCCCUGCCAAAAUCCGUUGUGAAGAUGUCAUUGAACAUGGCGCGCACUGCUCAAUGCAUCUACCAACAUGGUGACGGGCUUGGGACAUCGACUGGGGUGAUUAAAGAUCAUUUGACCUCGUUAAUUGUCAAACCUAUCACUAUUGAAAAAACUUAGUGUAUGGGGAUGCAACAAGGAAGAUUCACCAUGUUUGUGUGAGCAAUGCUCAGAAUGAUAUUUGCUUCCUAAAGCACAGAAUUUCACAUGCUAAUGUGUAGCUUUGUCAUUUCCAAGUUGUUUUUAGGUCAGAACUUCAAGUGCUUGAAAAAUUAGGGCGAUUAAAGUUAAGCUCUUGGUUCGACGGCAGAAGGUGAACCGACUACGUUCAGCCAAGUGGGCUUUGGGAAUGACAGAUUGAGAUCUGGUGCAAUACACGUCCUAUUGCAGUACUGCAAUAAGGCAGAAAUAUGUAAGUGUAUGGGUGGGCCUCUGCUAUUUGAGCAUGUGUCUAGAAGCCUAAGGAAGUGGGGUUUGAGCUACCCCGCUCGAGCAAGUAGUGCCCUCUCCUAUGUAUACUUACUGUUGCCCUAUUGCAUUGUUCAAUAGGGAAAAAGUGUCGCACUGAAUCGUAACCUUAAGAGUACCAGCAGCAGAUAUCCAACCAUUUUUUCUAAAUGUAGGGAACAGAAUAACUUUUUGCUUUCCUAUAAAAACAAUAUUUCACAA